AUGUUACAGAUACCAGGUUCCAUUCUGCUCUGGAUAGGAGGGAUAGCGGAGCUCACCUGCUGGCAUGGUUUUCGGGUUGGUGAGAGAUUUUCUGAAACAGGAAUCACUCUUAAAGUAACAGAGACAGUUUUAAAAGGUUGGAAGCAAGAGCAAUUCCGAAAAAGAACAAGCAAGCAGAGACAGCAAAAUCAUGUAGUUAGGAUUUUAUUGAACAAGGCUGGCUGCGAGGCACUACGAGGGUUGCUGCGCGGUGAGGCGCGAGCAGGGGGCUGUUGCUUCGUGGGCGUGCCUGGUGGCCUGGGCUGCGAGGCUGCUGCUCGCCCAGCGCCUGGUGGCCUGGACAGUGGUGCGUUGGCGCAGGCCUGCGAGAGCUGGGCGAGGAGGAGGCGAGGAAGGGUAGUGGGGGGCUGUUUUUGGGCAGUGGGGUAG